AUGAUGGGUGUAAGUAGUUGUAUGAGCCUAAGGCAGGCUAGGGGCUCCUGUCACUGCCCCGCCUGCCCUAGGUCUUCGGGACAUGGUGCUCCGAUGCCGCCCCAAACCCUGGUCCUGCCACCGAUGGCAUUGGAACCAGAAACAACACCAGUUAAGGAUAAGAAAGGAUCUAAAAUGAAAGUUCUCAAGAAAAUCAAGAAGAAAAUUGGAUUAGCACCCCGCACAUCUUGCACGGGAGGAGCUCCAAACAAUCUGCCACCGCUCAGCUUCCACGCGGUCCACGGAGAGAAUGUACGCGUCUCUCGUGAUGGUGCUACCGCUAGACGUGUCGAGUCCUUCUGUAAGGGUGUCGCGUUCAGCGCCAGACCAGUCAGAGUUAAUGAAAAGGUGUGCCUUCGUUUUCUCGAAAUAUCGAACAGCUGGAGUGGUGUCAUUCGUUUUGGAUUCACCACCCACGAUCCCACCACACUUGCGCAUGCGCUUCCGAAAUAUGCCUGCCCUGACCUCACAAACAAACCCGGAAAUUGGGCCAAAGCUUUAGGCGAAAGAUUUUGCGAGAAAGAUAACAUUUUGUACUAUUACGUAAAUUCCGCGGGCGAUGUUCACUUUGGAGUUAAUGGAGAAGACAAAGGAUUGUUCUUCUCAGGUGUCGACACUAGGUCACCGCUGUGGGCUUUAGUAGAUGUAUACGGAAACUGUACAGCAGUCCAGUUCGCUGAUCCCAGGGCUCCCAACCAAAUCAGAAGAUGCACACAAAGUCCAGUUGCAGAAGAAGCAGACAGAUUAGUCACUAGCAUGCGCACUCUCUCAGUAGACGAGCCCCUACCACCACCCAGAUACCAAAACCCACUAGUUCCACUAAGUCUACAUAGAACGAAAGGCAGAAAUGUACAAUUCAUAACAGAUAGAGGCGUGGCAGCUAGAAUUGAAGCGGAAUUCUGUCAAGGAUACGUGUUUACAGCUCGUCCCAUGCGCCCCGGACAGACUAUUGUCGUUCAAAUAUUGGCUACAGAAGCUGCUUAUGCUGGCAGCUUGGCAAUAGGUCUGACGUCUUGUGACCCGGGCAUAUUGAGACCCUGUGAUUUGCCAGAUGACGCCGAACAGCUACUAGAUCGUCCAGAAUACUGGGUCGUUAGACGUGAUGCGGCGAAUGGACUUCGUAGAGGCGACGAAUUGGCUGUCACUUUGACAUUAGAUGGGGAAGUGCGUGUCAGUAGAAACGGAUCAAAUCCAGUCACAGUGAUGCAUGUGGACCAUACGUUAAGAUUGUGGGCGUUUGUGGACAUUUAUGGGGCGACGCAAAAAGUUAGAAUGUUAAGUUCCCAAGCUAUUCAAGCUCAAACGCCUCCUCAGCAGUUGAGAGUGAUCACAGGGUCUGCAGCUCCGCUGACAGCCGGAGGGGGUGGCACUGUGCUAGUUGUUAGUCUUCCACCACAAAAUGGCGGCCAGAAUUCAGGCAACCAGCAGGGACUGACGUUGGCGAGCGCGCAUUAUAUUGAGCCUAUCCAAACGUCGUCACAACUCUGCCUCGCUGGGCUGCCUAUAGCCGCUCAAGCACCAUCGUGUUCCCAAGCCUUCCGUCCCAGGGUCGAGGGUCAAUGCUCCUCCACCAGCCAGAACAACUCCAACGAACAACUCCAAAUGCCCAACCAUGAACCAUUGAGGAUCGAGAGGAUCCCCAAUGGACCCUCAACUAGUCGGUCCAUACCUUCCACCUCUCAUCAUACAUAUUCAGUCAUCGGAGAAGGACUUACUGGCACAGAAUGUACUAUAUGCUAUGAAAAUCCAAUAGAUAGUGUUUUAUAUAUGUGUGGGCAUAUGUGCAUGUGCUAUCGCUGUGCUGUGCAGCAGUGGAGGGGAAAGGGGGGUGGCCAGUGCCCAUUAUGUAGGGCCCAAAUUAAAGAUGUCAUCCGUACAUACAAAUCU